AAUGAAAGAAUAAGACAAUUGCGGACUUAGCGCAUAGUGCAGUAACAAGAGCCGUCACAUAACCACUUUGCGCGAUUCUGCUUGUUGCCGUUGGCUGAGACGGAGGCUAGGGCUUCGGGCGGAUGUCUGGGCGGGAAGGCAAACUUCGCUUCCAGCUGGCCCUCAGCGACGGCACAGCCCCCGCGUACUGGAAGCACGAUGGCGAGCGAUUCGCCAAGAAGGACGGGAAAACUUACGACCCACUGGCUCUGUGCAGCACGGCGGGCACGCUAAAGCUGUGCAGCGGAAAAACCUAUCAGCUCAGCCUCACCAGCAACCAGCCUGUGUACCUGCGGGAAGGAAGCGGAAGGUGGUACACGAGAGAGUUUUAUGCAAACGGGAAACCCAUAGUCCCGUUGGCUGCCACCACCACGAGCACGCCAGCGCCAGAGGAGCCUGAGCAGCAGCGCACAGAACCGGGCACGGAACCGGGGCUGGGCCUGGGGCCCACGCCGGGCGCCAACGGCGACACCACCGCCUCCUCCGGCGGGGUUGGUGAUGAGGCGUCCUCGGCGGCAGCGGCUGCGGGCGCACGGGGGACGUAUCAGGAGCUGACAUGGACGGACGACAGCAAGGACGCGAUGCGCAGCACGUUUAAGGCCACGCUGCACCUGAGCGAGGAGACCAUGCGCCCCACCAAGUCAAACCGCCGGCUGUACCUCAUGGUUGCGGCGUACGUGGAGGAGUUCGGCUGGGUGGUGUGCCCCCUACAGCUCAAGAUCUACCACCGCGCAGACCGCAGCGCCACACGACCCUACCCGCUCAAGUUUGUGCAGUACGACUUCCGAGCCGACUCCUCUAUGCGUGCCUCGCUGAUGGGGACUUGCUACCACAAGUACGGCGGGUAGCUCAUAGGGUGAUGGAGCAUAUGGUUAUGUGUUCAUGAUGCGGGGGGGGGGGGCGGACAAGUGAGCUGGAGCAACGCAAGGUGCGGUUGUGAAGGCUGGUGGUGCACUGGUGCGCGAUCCGAGAGCUGUUGGUGCCGUACUGCUCAAUGCUGGGGAAUUAACAAGCAGCGGCAGAACUGAGGCAAUAUGGCCAGGCUCGGAAGGAACUGUGACUCAAGCUGUGACUGAAUACUGUAGGGAUGCGGGCGCAGGAGUAAGGGUCUUCAGUUUGGGGCUUGUUGGGUAUUUGGUUGGUUUGCGGUCUUUGCUGGCGACCAUAGCAUAGCAUGUGGUUGUUCUGUGCUUGCUGUGCUUUGUGCUUGACUGUUGACAGCAGGACACGGCUGGACACAUGGCGGGUAGUGCCCUUACAAAUUGCCCCUCGCUAUGUACGGGAGAUGAGAUAGUUUCGAAAACUUCGGCCUCAGACGUGCACCAACGUGGCGUGGGCGCAGCCCACUUCUCCCUUGAGGGGGAGAGCCAUCGUGUCAUUUGGGUUUCGCAAGUUGGGGGCGGGUAAUGGGAGGUUAACGCAGGUAGGUGACAGCUGAGUGCGUGACCGUUUCCAGGUAGUAGGCGUUGGAAGAUUGCUAGGCCGUGACGCCUGAGUAACUCCCCCGCCCCACGCCCCAGCCGCGCACUACUGCCCUGCUGUUGCAAAUUGUUUGCCAUCUGCUGGGGUCUCGGCGUCAGCUGCACCCUACGGGACCCCGCCAACCUGCCUUAACACUGUCGACUCGCACACGCCCCACGGGUUGUGUAACACAGCAGGCGA